AAAUCAUCAAGUGAACGGAAAGUGCUUUGAACUGCUCUUCAGUCCCGAAUCUUGGGACGGUCCGCCUCCGUGGUUUGCCUCGCACCGGACUGCGAGCUCAGCCCACCGCACGCUCAGGUUGCGUUCAGCGACACAUAAAGGACUUCAAGCAUGGCUGUUUCAGCAUGAGCGGAAUGAACGGACAAGUGAACCUCAGACCAACAGGACCCGCUCAGAUAAAUGUUGCCCACUCGACAUUGUGAAAGGGGGACCCCUCCAUCCUCUCUCAAAUUGGGGUUUCGAGUUUUGCCUUGUCUGAUUCAGAGCGUUUAGGUCGGGGGGUGUCGUCAAUUUUUAUUUACCAAGUGAAGGGCUAUUAAAACCUACGAGAAUGACGUCAUUAAGAGUUUCAAAUAAUCUAGACUUCAUUACAAACCCCCCCCCCCCCCAGAAAAAAAGUCGUUUCUGAACAGUUACCUUUUGUUACCGGUAAUAUGCAACUAAUAGCCUGAAAAUACAUUCCAAUUUUAAACAACUGCCAUUUGUGUCGUGUUCCCUGUUGUAUAGUAAUGGUUACAUCAGGUAUCAGCCUUUUCAAAAUAUUUACCCUUCUUGGAGGCAUCAUUAAUUUUUUUUUUUUUUAAGCCCAAGAAAAUGGCAAAGACGCGUGUGGAGUGCUAAUUCUUUAAAUGCUUACUGAUCUGAGUGCUUAGGCGAUUUGCUGACGUCAGUCACCAUGAGGUUUAUUCCGUUACAUUUUUGGGGGAUUUUUAUUUGCCCCCCUGUACAAAACACGUGGAACUGUUUAAUAUUGUAUUGAUAAACAUUUGCACUCUGUUUGCGCAAUAUGUUGAGGCACGUUUCAAUGAAAAACCUCAUUAAAAUGAGCGUCUGAGCAAUGCAUAUUCCAAACUUUGUUAAAUUGGAAUCCUAUCCUAGCCGAGGAUGUGCACUUUUGAAGCUCAGUUAUCCGAAAAUCAAUCAAAUGAAACGAAGGCGCUGUAUAAACAAAUCUUGCUGAAAUCGAUUUGAAGUAUGAAAAUGAGCCAUUUGAGUGUGGCAAGCAGAAGCGCCUCGACGUGUUCCGUUCUUCCCGGUUUCUUGAGCGACUGACUCCUCGUCCCGGAAGGCUCCUGUUUGGGUUUUCUCCUCAACCGGCAAACCGGCAAACCGCCAAAGAGCCAAAGAGGCAAAGAGCCAAAUUAGCAAAGAUGGCGGCCAAGCAGCAUUGAAUCCGUUCCCGCAGCGCGAUUGCACCUUUUGCUGUUUUUCAAAACCUUUCCCGUAGAGGUUUCUUCAGUCGAUCGCGGAGAGAAAUGUAGUUAGGCCGGUCCCGAGCGCUUUCCUCCCGGAUUUUGGCCGCCGCAAGCCCGCAGUCUCUCGUUUUAGCGCCGGUCGAGCCUCGCCUCGGCUCGCCUCGGCUCGCCUCGCCUCGCCCCGCCGCCCGCUCGCUCGCUCGCUCGUCGCAGUCGUCAGCCUUGGAAAAUGGCCCCGGUGCAGAUAGCCGCCGACGGCCAGUUGGUGCCGCUCGGCGGCCCGGUGGUCUCGGGUCCCCAGCCGCCGGCCCCCGGAGCCCUGGCCCCGCACGGGAUCCGGCUGAGUGUGCUGAUCGACUUCCUCCUGCAGAGAACCUACCAUGAAAUCACGCUGCUGGCGGAGCUACUUCCCAGGAAAACGGACAUGGAGAGGAAAAUCGAGAUUGUCCAGUUUGCGAGUCGUACCCGGCAGCUAUUUGUGCGCCUCCUGGCCCUGGUGAAGUGGGCAAGCAACGCGGGGAAGGUGGAGAAAUGUGCUAUGAUCUCCAGCUUCCUGGAUCAGCAGACCAUCCUGUUCGUGGACACGGCGGACCGCCUCGCGUCGCUCGCCCGAGACGCCCUGGUUCACGCGCGCCUGCCCAGCUUCGCCAUCCCCUUCGCCAUCGACGUCCUCACGACGGGUUCCUACCCGCGCUUGCCCACCUGCAUACGGGAUAAAAUCAUUCCUCCUGACCCCAUCACCAAAGUUGAGAAAGUGAGCACGCUGAACCAGCUGAAUCAGAUCCUGCGACACCGCCUCGUCACCACAGACCUGCCCCCGCAGUUGGCUAACCUCACUGUCGCUAACGGCCGCGUGAAGUUUCGAGUGGAGGGAGAAUUUGAGGCCACGCUGACGGUGAUGGGCGACGACCCGGAUAUUCCCUGGAGACUGCUGAAGUUAGAGAUUCUGGUGGAGGACAAGGAAACCGGUGAUGGCCGAGCUUUGGUGCACAGUCUGCAGGUCAACUACAUCCACGAGCUUGUGCAAGCGCGCCUGUGUGCAGAUGAGAAACCGCUGCAGGACAUGUACAACUGCUUGCACUCCUUCUGUCUCUCGCUGCAGCUGGAGGUCCUCCACUCCCAGACCUUGAUGCUUGUCAGAGAGCGUUGGGGGGACCUGGUGCAGGAGGAGCGAUACGUGCCUGCGAAAUACCUCACCCUCACUGUCUGGAACCAGCAGGUGCUCGGUAGGAAAACGGGAACGGCCUCUGUGCAUAAAGUCACAAUCAGGAUUGACGAAUCGGACGGAUCGAAGCCGCUGCAGAUCUCGCACGAGCCCCCCCUCCCUGCGUGCGACUCCAAAUUGACGGAGAGAGCACUGAAAAUUGACCACCUGUCUGUGGAGAAGCUUCUCAUCGACAGCGUUCACGCGCGCUCCCACCAGAAGUUGCUGGAGCUGAAGGCCGUUCUGAAGGGCAGUAAUCCGAGCGACAGCUCGUUCAUCGAAAGCGCUCUCCCCACUCUGGUCAUUCCCAUCCUGGAGCCCUGCGGUCGCUCGGAGUGCCUGCACAUCUUUGUGGACUUGCAUUCCGGCAUGCUGCAGCCAAUGCUGUACGGAUUAGAUCAAUCAAUGCUGGAUGACAUUGAGAAAACUGUCAACGACGACAUGAAGCGCAUCCUGUCUUGGCUUCAGCAACUCAAAUUCUGGCUCGGUGAGCAGCGCUGCAGGCAGUCGGUCAAGCACCUCCCCACCGUGUGCACCGACGUCCUCCACCUUUCAAACGCUGCGUCGCACCCUGUCGGGAAUUUGUGCAAGCACAAGCUCUUCGUCAAACUCACGCGUCUUCCUCAGUACUACAUUGUGGUGGAAAUGCUCGAUUUGCCAAGCAAUCCGACGGCGUUGCAGUACAAGUACUCCGUCCUGUUUGUGACUCAGCUGGAAGGUGACGACGGACCCGUGUGCGCGCAGCUCCUGCAGCAUUUCAAGCCCAACCUGGAACACCUCGUCCAAGACACCAUGUCGACGCGAACCCAUCGGCCCGUCUCCAAGAGAAAGAUGACUGGAGAGCAGGCUGAGACGGAGCCAAAGAAGCCCAAGCGGUCAGGGGAGAUGAGUGCCUUCAACAAGGAGUUGGCGCAUCUGGUGGCCAUGUGCGACACCAACAUGCCUUUUGUCGGCCUCAGAACCGAGCUGUCCAACAUGGAGAUCCCCAACCAAGGCGUUCAAGUGGAAGGCGACGGCAGCAGUCACGCCAUCCGCCUGCUUAAGAUCCCUCCCUGCAAAGGUGUUGGAGAGGAGACCAGAAGAGCUUUGGAGCGUUCCCUCCUGGACUGCACCUUCCGCCUCCAGGGCAGGAACAACCGAACGUGGGUGGCCGAGCUGGUCCUGGCCAACUGCCCCCUCAACAGCACCAACAGCAAAGAGCAAGCCUCCACGCGGCACGUGUACCUCACCUACGAGAACCCGCUGUCAGAGCCGGUGGGUGGGCGCAAAGUGGUUGAAAUGUUCCUCAAUGACUGGAGCGCCAUCAGUCAGCUGUACCAGUGUGUGCUUCACUUUUCUCGGGCACUGCCAGAGCUGCCGUCGUACUUGGCCCUGUUCUCGGAGGUGCGGCUGUACAACUUCCGGAAGCUGAUCCUGUGCUACGGCAGCACCAAAGGCAGCUCCGUCACCCUCCAGUGGAACUCCAACAGCCAACGCUUCCACCUGGCCCUCGGCACCGUCGGGCCCAACUCGGGUUGCUCCAACUGCCACAACAUCAUCCUCCACCAGCUGCAAGAGAUGUUCAACAAGAGCCCCAACGUCAUUCAGCUUUUGCAGGUCCUUUACGACACGCAGGCCCCUCUGAACGCCAUCAACAAGCUCCCCACCGUGCCCAUGCUGGGCCUGACCCAGCGCACCAACACCGCCUACCAGUGCUUCUCCAUCCUGCCCCAGUCGCCGACGCAUAUCCGGCUGGCCUUUCGCAACAUGUACUGCAUCGACAUCUACUGCCGCAGCCGCGGCGUGGUGGCCAUCAGGGAUGGAGCGUACAGCCUCUUCGACAACACCAAGAUUGUGGAAGGCUUUUACCCGGCUCCUGGACUCAAAACCUUCCUGAGCAUGUUCGUGGACGGCAACCAGGACGCCCGCAGACGUUCGGUCAACGAAGACGACAACCCGCCGUCGCCGGUGGGCGCCGACGUGAUGGAUACGCCCGUGAGCCAGCUGCAGGCUCAGCCCCAAACCCUGAGGGCGGCCGGCGGCGGCGUGUACCCGCCGCUCACGUCGCCGCCGCCAAACUACCACGCCAACGUCACGCCUUCGCCAUCCAUGAUGCCCACGCAAUCGCCAGGGACCAUCCAUGCCUCUGGCUCCCCUAGCGGAGCGCUGAGGGCUCCCUCUCCUUUCGGUCCCACCCCGUCUCCAUCUUCUCUGGGCAUAGCCAUGGGUCAGACGAGCUUUGCCAGCCCCCACGGUGCUCUGGACCCCAGCUCUCCGUACGCCAUGGUGUCUCCGAGCCACAGGGGCCAGUGGCCGGGCUCGCCGCAGGUCUCCGGUCCUUCCCCGGGGGCCAGGAUCCACGGCAUGUCCCCCGGGAACCCGUCGCUGCACUCGCCGCUCCCCGAUCCCCACUCGCCGCGUGCCGGAAGCGGUUCGCAACUCAUGCCCAGCAGCAUGCCUCCACCCCGCAAGCUACCCCAGCGUCCCUGGGCCGCCUCCAUCCCCACCAUCCUGACCCACAACGCGCUGCACGUUCUUCUGCUGCCCUCGCCCACGCCGUGUCUGGUGCCGGGCCUGGCGGGCAGCUACCUUUGCUCGCCGCUGGAGCGCUUCUUGGGUUCGGUCAUCAUGAGGCGGCACCUGCAGCGGAUCAUCCAGCAGGAAGCCAACCUCUCCAUCGUCAACUCCAACGAGCCCGGCGUCAUCAUGUUCAAGACCGACGUGCUCAAGUGCCGCGUGGCUCUCAACCCAAAGAACUAUCAGACGCUGCAGCUCAAGGUCACGCCGGAGAACGCGGGUCCUUGGUCCCAGGAGGAACUUCAGGUGCUGGAGAAGUUCUUUGAGAUGCGGGUUGCCGGCCCCCCCUUCAAGUACAACACUUUGAACGCCUUCACGAAGCUCCUGGGGGCCCCCACGCACAUCCUGCGGGACUGCGUGCGCAUCAUGAAGCUGGAACUGUUCCCGGACCAAGCCGGCCAGCUGAAGUGGAACGUCCAGUUCUGCCUGACCAUACCUCCCAGCGCCCCUCCCAUCGCGCCGCCCGGUACCAUCGCCGUGGUCCUCAAGUCCAAGAUGCUCUUCUUCUUGCAGCUGACCCAGCGCGUGGCGGUGCCGCAGGAGCCCCUGAGCAUCAUCGUGCCCAUCGUGUACGACAUGGCGUCGGGCCUGACGCAGCAGGCCGACAUCCCCCGGCAGCACAGCUCUUCCGGGGCGGCGGCGCUCAUGGUCUCCAACAUCCUGAAGAGGUUCAACGAGAUGCACCCCGCCAGACAGGGGGAGUGCACCAUAUUCGCGUCCGUCCACGAGCUGAUGGCCAGCCUCACUUUGCCGCCCGGCACGCGCCAGUGAAGGGACGACGAGGAAUCGCUCGCCGCCCUUACCGGGACGAAGGCCGCAUCCGACGUCCGUCGUUUCGGCCGCCGUCGACCGCAAUGUGUCGGUUGCUGUGAUUUACCGCUUUAAGAUGAGCACAUAAGGUAUAUUUUGAAUAUGAAUCUUAUUUUUCCCCUUAACGGGGGGCACUUGUAAACAGAAUAUUAUGUAUUGAAAUGACAUUUGUUUACAAAAACAUGUACAUUGUUGUAUAUUUGAGUAGCCUUUGUGCUGAUGUCACGAAGGUUGAUGAUGUGAGGAAUCAUGAGCUAGUCCUUGGUCUUGUGUCAAGACCUCCGUCUGCAUUUGAUGACAUCCACAAGUGCGACUCGCCGCAUUUGAUCACGACGGGCGCAUUUGAUCCGCUGUGUCCGACCGAUCGUGCUAUUCAAUAAAGCAAAGCCUGGAGGAUCUUAAA